AUGUCUACAGAGAUGAAUGUCAACGACGAAUUUCACAAAGGUGGUAAAUUGGCAGAUGUGACACUCGUUGUUGAGGAUCAUAAAAUAUUAGUUUCUAAGGCAAUACUUAGUAUCGCUUCGCCUGUGUUUUGUGCCAUGUUCGACAGUGACUUCCAGGAGAAAACAGAGAAGGAAAUACAAUUACCCGGAAAGAGUUACAAAGAUUUUGUUGAGUUUCUAAGAUGUAUUUAUCCUGACAAGACGAAGAGGACAACCGGUAUAGAAUGCCUGGAAGAAAUGAAAGAAAAAUGCAUUUAUCUGGCCUCUGAGCAUACUCUCUACCGGCUUAAAGCUGCCAGAACGGCAUACCAAAUAUCAGAUGCCAGUCAUUACAAGAUAAUAGAGCCGAGAGUUGUAUAUAUUUGA